AGUGCUGUCCAAGCUUUGUGUUAGUAAUGCAUUAAUGGGGUUUGGUUGGCACGGGCGGGCAUAUGCCCCACAAAUUACAUAACCUUGCAAAUUCGCAAUCACCUUCGCCUACCUUGUAUUGAAAAUUCUAUGCAGACAGACGAGUAACUAACUAACAACAUUUCCCAUCUCUUUUCUCAUUACAAUCAAAUCAAAUCGAAUCGAAUCGACCACUCAUUGCAUUUGGGAUUCUCUGCUCUGCGAUGGUUCUCUCGCGCCUUCGUCACCCUCUCUUCGCUCGCUCCAUUCGCUUCCUCUCUUCUCCCGCCAGAUCCAUCUCUCGAACUUAUAAUUCAGGGAUUUUUCCUGUGGGUGGUGAUAAGAAUAUAAGGCCUGCAUCUUGUUCUAGACUUACUGGAGUUUGUGAUAGAUCUUUGAAGUCAAAGUGGAUUGAUGUCAAAUACUACUCGUCUUCAGAUUCUUCACAUGCUGUCAUUGGGAUGCCAGCUUUAUCUCCUACGAUGACCCAAGGUAAUAUAGCAAAAUGGAGAAAGAAAGAAGGAGACAAGAUAGAAGUGGGCGAUAUAUUGUGUGAAAUUGAAACUGACAAAGCUACACUAGAAUUUGAAAGUCUUGAAGAGGGAUUUCUGGCUAAGAUAUUGGUACCAGAAGGUUCAAAAGAUGUGCCUGUUGGUCAACCAAUUGCAAUAACAGUUGAGGAUGCAGAUGACAUUCAAAAUGUUCCUGCUUCGUUGGGGGAUGAGACCAGGGUUGAAGACAAAAAACAUCAGGAUGUUAUAGAUGAGGAGAGGAAGCCAGAAUCAACUUCAACUUCAAUUAAUGCAUCAGAACUUCCACCUCAUAUUCUUCUUGAAAUGCCAGCUUUGUCUCCAACAAUGAACCAAGGAAACAUUGCUAAAUGGAGGAAAAAAGAAGGAGACAAGAUUGAAGUGGGUGAUAUAUUAUGUGAGAUAGAGACAGACAAAGCUACACUUGAAUUUGAGAGUCUUGAAGAGGGGUACCUGGCUAAAAUACUUGCACCAGAAGGUUCCAAAGAAGUAGCUGUUGGACAGCCUAUUGCUAUAACAGUUGAAGAUGCAAGUGAUAUUGAAGCUAUUAAGAAUUCUGUUAGCAGUAGCUCAACAAGCCAACAGGAAAAGGCCACCCAACAUGACACUAAAAGCGUGGUCAAAGCACAGAAAAACAAUAUAACACGAAUUAGUCCAGCUGCAAAAUUGCUAAUUGCAGAAUAUGGAUUGGAUGCAUCAACAUUGAAUGCAACUGGUCCUUAUGGCACCCUCCUGAAAGGGGAUGUUCUUUCUGCAAUUAGGUCUGGUAAAUUGUCUCCAAAACCUGCUUCAUCUAAAGAAAAGGCAUCAUCAUCUCAAAGUCAUCAACAAGUUGCGGCUUCACAAGAGUCAAAGUCUUCCAUAAAGCAGUCGGAUGCUUAUGAAGAUUUUCCAAAUAGUCAAAUUCGCAAGGUGAUUGCCAAGAGGUUAUUGGAAUCAAAACAAAACACACCACACUUAUAUUUAUCAUCAGAUGUCAUACUGGAUCCUCUUCUUUCGCUUCGAAAGGAUCUUAAAGAGCAGUAUGACGUUAAAGUUUCUGUGAAUGACAUUAUAAUCAAAGUUGUAGCAGCUGCUCUCAAAAAUGUACCAGAAGCAAACGCAUACUGGAAUGAUGAAAAGGGUGAGAUCAUUUUAUGUGAUUCUGUUGACAUAUCGAUAGCAGUUGCCACUGAGAAGGGCUUGAUGACUCCAAUAAUAAAAAAUGCUGAUCACAAGACAAUAUCUGCUAUCUCCUUUGAGGUCAAGGAACUAGCUGAAAAGGCUCGGACCGGCAAAUUGAAGCCACAAGAAUUCCAAGGGGGAACUUUUAGCAUUUCAAACUUAGGAAUGUUUCCUGUGGAUAAAUUUUGUGCUAUUAUAAAUCCUCCACAGGCUUGCAUUCUUGCUGUAGGGAGAGGCAACAAAGUUGUGGAACCAGUUAUUGGAGCUGAUGGAGUUGAGAAGCCAUCAAUUGUCAAUAAGUUGAACUUAACAUUGUCUGCUGAUCAUCGCGUUUUUGAUGGCAAAGUUGGAGGUGCAUUUCUUUCUGCUUUGCAAUCAAACUUCAGUGAUAUAAGAAGACUUCUUUUAUAAUGGCAUGCAACAAAUUUUCCUGUUACUAGAUUGGACUUCUCGUGACCAUUCAUGUGGAUUAGCCACAACCUGGACCAAACUGUCAUAGCAUCCCCAUUUUUGUCCUUUAACCUUUUUAUUAUCUCUUCAUCUGAAACAGUUUUUUAUUGUUGUGCCUUAUCAAUUUUUGUAAAAUAAUAUCUUGGGUCUAUUUACCAAAUACACACAGAAAAUGGCGCCCAAGGUACCAUCUAACAUUAGGUUUCCAACAAUUGAGAUUCAAGCAUGUUGGGAAUUUUGUUCAUUAGGCAGUUUGCUGCUCUUUGAUGUUUAAUUUUGUAUGAACAGCGUUGUAUAGACAGCAGUACAAAUACCAACAUUUUGAUGAAUAAAAAUCCCUUUCGUGGGAUGCAUGCCCGUCAUCCGAUUUAGGUGAUGGAACCAUAGUAAUUUUUGUUUU